AUGCAGAAUCUGUUUUCACUUGGAGACCUCGAAGAUGCAGACAACGACAAAGGUUCCUGGUCUCUUUGCGAGUACUUUCUUUGUCUCGCGACACAGUGCCCCACGGUUGUGUUUGAUCUGGCAAUGGCUCAACGCUUUAUCAAAACUGAUGAAAAGUCGCCUCGCUUUUGGGAAUUCGCGCUCGUGUUCGACCCAACAUUAAUUGUUCAACGCGCCAAGCCGUUGACGUGGAUGUGGCUAGCGGCAGCCGAAUUCUUUGCCCAUCCUUGGACUGGCCCUGCGAUUAUUCCUCCCAUUGUGGAGGAAUUUGAGCGACUAGAACGAGAGUCAAAAAUAUCCAAAGCUCAGUCCAAGUCUAAGAAGCGCCCUGCAUCUACUCCAGAGAACCCAAAAGGUGCGAAGGCCCACGAUUCGCGCCCAUCUCCCUCUGUCCAGAUGCAAACGGAACUGACGCCACCACAGGGUCGGUCCACUCCCUACCAAGAAACUCCACCUUUGGAUGCCACUCCUCCUCGCCAACAAGUGGUCAUGUCUGACGCUCUUCACGUCAUUGCUGGCACCCCAACAGGAACACAGGAAGCCAGUCUUCCAGCUGAUGACGUCGCGGUAGCCAACACCCACCGUGGGAGGACCAGUGCGGAACAUGGAGCAGAGGAACACAAUAGUGCCCCGACCUACAGGGACACUGUUGCCGCUCUCCCCGCUCCCACGGUUCCUCUCACCACCGACGAACGAUUGAUGCGCCUUCUCGCUGUCCAUUGGAAUGCAUC